UAGGAUGAUGGGGAAGGGGCAGAGUAGGAGAUGGAUGGAAAGAUGAGGUGGAUAUGAGAUUGGAGAUAGAUGGGAUUAGGCAUGGAGUCAAAGUAGGCAUGGUACAUGUAGAUUUGGGAUACUGGGGGUAGAAUUGUAGAGGAUAGGAUAAUGGGGUUGGAUGCAAAGAGCAAAACUGCACUUCCGAGGAAUUUGAAAUGCACCAUCCAUCACACUCACAAAUGCACUGCUUGUCUAGGCAUCCAGGUCUAGUCUGACUGUACUGGACCCACAUUCUUUAGGCAUUCCUUUCUCCUGUAAAGAACUAUCAAGCCUUUAUACACCUGUCUCCCUUGUUGAUGGUCUAUGUUGAUUUACUUUCAGGGAUUUGAUUGCAUAAUCUUUAUGAAGGGGAAAGAAAAUAAGACCUUUUUUUUGUCCUUUGCCGUUGUCAUCUGGGUAGGCUCUCCCUUGGAAGACGGGAAUUUAAUUACCCUGAUGACAGAAUAAAGCAUUCCAGAACAGGGUGGACUUCAUUUGUAUAACUUGGAUGUCUCUUCACAUAUUACAGGAGAGAAAUUCAAAUUCAUAAGAAGUUCUAGUUAAGUACAUGUGCCUUGGUACCUGAGAGGUGGCAUUACCUUUGAUUCUUGGCAGAUUAAAAGCUGAUGACAUUCAAGUGCUUCUUUUGUCCACUUUGAGCCAUUAUUCCUAUUAUCUUGACCUGCUAUCGGUCAUUGGGCUUGUGAAGUUAAAAAAAAAGUCAAGAAACAACAGACUUCUGAUACAUGAAAUUAAACCUAUUCAGAGAAAGCAGCAGCAAAUACCCAAUUCCCCAAAUAGUUCCCCAAAUUGGAAUUAAAUGUGCGUUACCAACAUUUGAGAGCUCAAAACUGCUCCAUGAGUCAAUUCAAUUCAACAACCAUGGCAGAAGGAACAUGUCUGCAGUGGACCUUCUCUGCAGUUUGGACAUUUAUUUUUGUCUUUCUUUUUCAAACAGUCUGCCGUUACUGUUAGAGUGGCCUCUACCACGCAGUCGUCACCAUGGAUAUAGUGGGCAAGACAAUGGUCAAGAACCAAGUGUCCAGCCUCUCCAAGACCAUCGGUCUGUCCGGAGAGGACAAAGAGGAGGAGCCGUAUGACUACAAACAAGAGCAGGAGGAAGAGGAGAGAGCUGCACAGGAGAAAGCCAAGCGUGAUGAAGCUCAGCUAAGGAGGAAGGCAGACAGAGCCAUGGAACGCAACAAAAUGCGAGAGAAGUACGGCCUGAAGGAGUCGAAGACAGACCAGAAGCUCCUAGAGAGCAGGAACCAGCUGGAGAAGACAUCACCCAAGGGCACGAGCAGACCCAAGGGCAAAGAUGAAAGCAGCUGCCUGGUGAUGUGAGCAGGCAUGAGGCACAGGGUUACCAUGGUUACAGACCUCAGGUAUCAUAAGAUGGCUCAGAGUGGCCAAGACUAGAUCAUUCACAAGGCUGUAAGGAUUUGGCAACUCAGUUUAAUGGACCUUGUUUGCUGGCUUCUGCUAGUGGAUUCCAGGAAUUUGGCUUCUUGAGUAGAAAGGACUUUGUGUAAUGUUGCUGCAUGCCUGCACAUAGAAGAAAGAAAGGCGUGCCAGGAGAAAGUUGCUCCAACAUGUCCAAGGCACACCUGGAGUUAGUUAGUGAACAGGCCAAACAUCUAUGAUCUUACUGACUGGAAGAAGCGAAAUUAAAGAAUUGUUGGAGCAGAAGUGAGUGAUUUGCUUGUCAUUUGAGCCAGAGUCUACAAGCUCUGCUUCUAAGACAGACAUGACUGGGCAUGAAUUUCAUCUCCCCUCUUUUCACCCUCUGAACUUCUCUUCCUAGGUUAGCGUAUACCUAAGUUAGGUAGUAUACCUAAGUUAGAGUAACCAGUGUUGUAGUCGAGACCAGACAUGAGACCAGUUACAAGACCAGACUCAAGUUAACAGGCUGGACAAAAACAAUUUUAAUAGCUUGUGACUCAAAUUCAGACCGGAAAUUUUGUGCUGGUCUUGUGGGGUUGUGUGAUCGUUUAAUAAGGGGUCUAGACUAUAACACUGCCUUUAGCACUCUACUGAACAUUUAGUGUGCUAUCAAUGCAGUGUGGAUUUGAUGGGAACUUAUUGCUGUGACCAAAACAAUGCUUGUGUUGAGAACAUUUUCAAUCAUGCAGUAUAUGAGCAGACACUGGUGUAAUGUUUGAUGGAAAUUUUGCAACGGGUGAUGUGAAGUUGAAAAUAUUUGGUUUGUUCUUUAUCAACAUAAUUUAUUGACUACGAUUUUGCGUAGUGCCAGCCAACCCCAACAACUCCAUGCUCAACUAGUGAAGUCCUCUGUACUUGUAAGCAGGGCCCAAUUUCAUGAUUCUAACCUAGCAGGGGCUCCGCAUAUUUCAUGGAGACUGUGAGCAGUAGGACACACUUACUGUGAAGGAUGUAUUUGCUGAACUUAAUGACGUACAUGUAACAAUGGAAAUAUUCAUGCGUGCCCAUUUUUUUGUGUUAAGCACAGCUACUGUGAAAUGCACAUACUGUCAAGCAAAUUUUUGUGUUAUUGUUAACAAAGGAAUUUGCUUGACGGUGAGUAGCGCUGUGAAAUUAGGCCCUGGUGGUCAUGGGUUCGAGUCCCACUGGAAAUCAUAAACACACAAGGCUUAACAAAUUAUGUUUGCAAAGGGCAGACCAAGUAAAAUCACAAUUGUUUUGAAAACUCUCAAGAAUCACAUGUGGUUAAAUCUAGGCUAGAAUUGAAAAAAAAAAUGGAUACAGCAGUUUUAAGCUUUUAAGAAGAUUUUCUGCAGUGAUCUUAGAGACAAGUAGGGAGUACAGUAGGUAAAGAUAAAUAAUUUUUAUAUUUUUGGAAUGGUGCUAGAUGUUCAUCAGCGUUUUUCCGUGUUUGUGCCUUAAAUCUUUUCUGAAAUUUAUCCUUGAUUCUGAAGAUUUUUUAUUUCAAAUGUAGCAUGUUGAAAACAUACGGUACGUGUAACUACAUUGUAUAUCAAGGAACCCUUGAUAGUAAUGUUUAAAAAGUGUGCCUUGUUUAUUAACAAAGUGUCAGGAAAGAUGGACAUGUACAUGUGUGACUUAGUCUUCCCUUGAAUAUACUUCUGGUGGAUAAGAAUUUAAUUCAGUGUUUCAAAGCAAAUAUACACAUGUAUAUAUUUAAUGGAGCAUUGGCAUUAUAUGUGAUUGAGUUUAAGAGAUUACAGAUUGAUAAAUUAUGUAUUAGGGGUUUUUGUUUGUUGAUUUGUUUGUACAGUAUUUUGGAUGAUUUUGUUUGUUUUUUGCAAGGUUUUAUUGGAACUAUUGACAGUCUUGACUGGGUUUUUUUUAUUUAAUGAAAAGCAAAUUUAACACACUUUGUGCCUCAAGCUAACGUGUACAUUUUGUGAGUUUUUAGGAUUAAAAAUAAAGAAAAAUUAUUUUGGAAUUCGUAAAAUAUUUAUAUUUAUACACUACUGAAGAAGGAAAGUGCCAUGUUAGAGAUGACUGAUAAAGUAUGGCUUGUGUGCCUUUGUGCAAACAUUGACAUGGGCUGUGUUUAUUUUAAUAAACUUGUAAAUAGAAAUUUGUUAUACGUGUAGGUGGGUAAUUCCAGAAAUUAGGGGUCCAAAAGUGUGACAUUUUUGUGUCCGUCACAUCUGACCUUUGAUAUUUGACAUGGUAUGACCGGAAUUGAUUUCAAACUAUUGCUAUUUGUUUAGCAGGUAAUUUGCAUUAAUUCAUCAGUGAUGGAAAUUUUAAAA